AUAAAAAAAAUUCUCUCUCUUCUUCACCCCCCAAACCCAAAACUUUUCCUCUCCUCUCCUAUAAAAUCCCUAAUUCCUUCUCUAACCCUUUCUUAUAAAUUCCUCUCCUAUAAAAUCCCUAAAAUCUCUCAAAUCAACCUCUAACUCAUUAGUUUUCCCUACACCCAAAUUCUAAAUCUCAAUUUUUUUAGGGCACCCAAAACAAAUACACAAAAUAUACAACAAAGGGCCAAAAAGGGCCAAAAGCCAAGCCAAGCAUAGGAAGAGAGAAAGAAAGGUCAAGGAAGUCUCCAUUUCUCUUAAUUUUCUCUGGUACGUCUCCCUAUAUCUCUCUUCUUUCUCUCUCUAGAAUUCCAAAUAAGACAUCUCACUAUUCGAUUUUUUUUCGAGGACUGUAUUUUUUUGUGGGGAACGGGGGGGGUGAAAACCCUUGAAAAUGUUCAAAAUUUUCAAACUUCCCGCUUUCUCCCUCUAUUUUUUUUACUUCAACCCUUUUCUCAAUUGUGUUUUUGUAAAUACCCAUGUCCUAUUUUUGAUCAAUCGAGCUUGAAAUUGAGAUUGAUCACAUCAUAAACCAAAACCCUAAUUACAUAGUUGAUGAAAUUGUAGACAUUGUUUAGAUUUAUACGAAUUUUGUUGUUUUAAGCUGUUUUAUUAUGUGGGUUUUGUUUGUAUUUUGGAUUUUUUGCAAUGUAAAGUAAUUUUUGGUUUAGGGUUUGAAUUUGAAAAUCAAUGGCAGGGUGGUCGAAGUUAGAAGGAUGUAAGUCCAUUAAAAAGCUCGAAUUAUCAUCAAUUUGGUCUUUUAGUAGUGCAGAAUCUGAUUUUAAACAUGCAUUUGUUGAAUUGAUUUCCGUUUUCUUAGAAGAAAGUUGUAAAUGUUCCCGACCUGUACCUCCGAUGCUUGGAAAUGGGCAUUCAAUUGAUUUGCUUAAACUGUAUUUUGUUGUGAAAUUAAAAGGUGGGUUUGACGCGAUUUCAAGUAAAAAGCUGUGGAAUGAGGUGGGUUUGCUUUAUGGUUUAGGUUAUGGAUUUGGGUCUGCUUUAAAAUUGAUUUAUCUGAAAUAUUUAGAUUCACUUGAGAGUUGGCUAGUGAAAUUGCCAAGCAGUGAGAGCGCGAAUCGGUUCAAUACUGGCGUGUGGUCGAAAGGGGUUUUGAUGGCACUAGGGUCAGAGUAUGGUAGUUUCGUGUCGAAUGUAAUCGAAGGAAUGAGGGAAAACGCCGAUUCUUACUGUUUGAAAGAGGAAAAGAGUGGGAUUAGCUAUGUAUUAACUGAGGAGAACAAUGAAAAUGAGAAGGUGGAUUGGAACAAGUUUGUUAUGAGUUUUGGAGACGAGGAUUCAAAUGAAGAUAGUUCGAAGUCGAAGCAGGAUGCCGAGAUGAGUUUUGUUGAUGGUGUGGAGUUUUCAGGUGAGAAUGAUAGUUUUAGACAAACAAAGAGUGAGAUGAGUUACGCGGGCGUUUUUUCGUCUGAUGUAUCGGAUGAUGGGAGAUCAUCGGUUGGAUUUGGUAUGGCGGAUAAUGUGGUAAAGAGUUGUGAAUUAUCUUGUGAUUCUAAGAAAUGUUCAAAUGAAGAUGAGGAGUUGGUUAUGGAUUCUAGUGUUUCAAAGGAGGUUUCAAGUCUUAAGAGAAAGAGGGAUGAUCUAUAUGGAAUGCUCCAUUGGAUGUUUAAAGUUUCUAAGAAUCCUACUGACCCGAAAAUUGGGAUUAUUCCUGAAAUCCAUAAGUUAGCAGCAUAUGGAAAUGAGAAUUUUGGGAAGCAAGUUUUGUUGGUUAGAGAAGCUCUGUUCAUGAAGAGGAAGAUGAGCACUGAUCAAUCUAUUUAUCAGAAAAAGCAGAAAAUGCACCCAUCCAUGUUUGAUGACAACACUGCAGCAGAGAGACCAAGAUCCAGUCCCAGGCUCCUCUUUGAAAACUCAUUGAACCCCAACCAUUUUAAACCGCCUUCUGCAAACGUAUGGCGUCCAAGGCAAAGGCUAGGGGCUCAAAUUGACAAGCAACCAACUGCGUCAAUCUAUACAAAUCGUCCAUGCCAAAGAAUCCCUAUCGGAGAAGAUUUCCAGGCAGUAGUACCUAAAUGGACAGGCGUGGAUUCUGAAAGCGACCUGAAAUGGUUGGGUACUCAAGUUUGGCCAUUAGCGAAGAGGGAAAACACCCAUCUGAUCGAAAAAGAGCCUAUUGGAAAGGGAAGGUUAGAUUCUUGUGGGUGUCGAUUUCCUGAUUCCUCCGAAUGUGUAAAACUUCAUGUGGGUAAAACGAGAAUGAAUAUGAAGUAUGAACUAGCUUCCGCGUUUUAUGCUUGGAAGUUUGACAAAAUGGGUGAAGAAUGUAGCGUUUCAUGGACUUCUGAGGAGGAGAAAACCUUCAUAUCUAUCGUAAAACAGAAUCCAUAUUCUCUUCACAAGCGUUUUUGGAAACAAAUGUGCGAGGUGUUGCCCAAAAAAAGCUGGACCGAUCAAGUGAAUUACUACUUUAAUGUCUUCGUGCUGCGUCGUAGAGCUUUCCAGAAUAGAUUCACACCGCGGAACAUCGACAGCGAUGAUGAUGAAACCGAACACAGAUCCGCAACCAACUCUCUUGGAUAUCGCACUGCUGAGUCUCGUCCAUCCAUAUCUUCGUCAAAACUACACCUAAACAUGAAAUAGCAACACCAUUUAGCGCGAUUCUUUGGACGCGAGUAAUUUUUUGAAGUAUACAAAGAACACGGCUAUCUUUCCGACUAACUUUUGUUCGGCCAAAUCAAAUUUUUUUCCCGGUUUAGCAACACCACAUACCACCUCAGUUUUGAUUUUUGAUACAGUUGGCAGGUAUACCUUGUUCUGAUGCUGCGUUGUGUAUGAACGGGUUUCUUUCUUGUUCCUCGAUACAUUUAGGAAUGCAGAUGUUUAAACUAAUGGUUGUAUAUAUCAAAAACACGCUCAUGUCGUCUGAGCUAAGUUUCGAGAUCGAGUGUUUGGAUGCUCGAGGGCGGUUUUCAGAUGAUCAGAAUGUGCAUUUUGCCUGCUGCAUAUCAAGUCAAGUUUGCAGUUGCAUUUUGUUGAUGUGUGUUUAUGCAUAUUUCUGAAUAUUGUUAUGUUUUUCUUUCAAAUACUUUUGUUCUGUUUAGUGAUUCUACUUCAUUCAUCAUCAUCAAUGGAUUUCGCUUAUUACAAAUGAUUUGGCACUGACGUUUCUUAUUGGUGUUCUCAUUUCUCACUAUUGCUUUUUGUGAGAAAAAAUGGGCCAGGAAAAUUGUCCUAAUAAACUAAUCUUUGCUUG